UAGGCGCAUUGUUUUUAAACGUCUUGAAUAAACGCGCAUCUCCUCGUUUUAAUUGAAAUAUUUCCAAUUAAUUUUUCAAUCAAAUUUUGAUUCACUUUCCCCUUUUAGACUUUAGAUAAUUGAAUUCAGCUGCCGCAAUCGCUAGCUGUAUUUGUAUUCUAAAAAUAAUAGGCAUCGUUCAUUUUACGUUAUAUUCAUUUUAACCUUACUACCCCAUAAAAAUUUAAAAAUUCGACAGACGCUCAAAGUAAAAAUGUUUGACAAAAUUAUUUUCCUGCUUUUUGUUGCGUCCGUCGUUUUCUCCAACCCGAUGAACGAAGCCGAAAAGAUUGACGAACUGAAGAAGCUGGAGAGAUGCAGCUUGCCACCCGUUAAACCAAACUCGUUCAUUUGUUCUCUUACUAUCACCCCUUCUUGGACUUAUGACGCCAAAGCCGGAGAGUGUCUGAGCUACCAGUACGGAGGUUGCGGAAAAACAACGAAUCUUUUUGGAUCCCAGGAUGAGUGCAAAGCUGCUUGUAGUCGUGGACCGGCUAAGGAAAAAUCGCUUCAAGAACUAUGUUGGUAUCGCAACGUUUCCUACUACGCUGGCCAAGAGAUUGCCCAGGUCAACAAGGACGAUGCGUGCAAAACAGAUUGUUUUUGCGAGAAGAGUGACAACCAUCGAGGUGGGGCCACCAUCAAAUGUAACCAGAUCGUCUGCGACGAACUCAUCCCGCCGCAAGAGGAAGGCUGCGUUCUAGUCACGUUACCCGGCGCCUGUUGCCCGUCUUAUAAAUGCCCGGAGAGAAGUCUAGAUCAGGAAGGUACCCCAGAUGACAUUUGUGUUUUUAACGGUAAAGGGUAUCUUAAGGGACAGGCGAUUCCUUCCGGCGAUCCGUGUAAGCGAUGCGUCUGUGUGGACGGAUUCAGCGGUUUGAAUAGUCCGGGCUGCCACGAAGUUCACUGUAUCUUAGAUAAUCGCAUUGGAUGUAACCCCGUUUACACGCCAGGAGUCUGUUGCCCAACUAGUUACAGGUGUAAUUCGCCGAUGGCAAAAUUUUUCCCGCAAAUCGAUUCAGAUCUUUCGCGCAUCAAGUGGGGACAUGGAAUCAACAGCAAAGUGCAGCUUAACACGUCCCUUUACGGGAAAGACAUGAUGAUUGAAGCUGACGUUUCUAUGGGUACCAUUGUUGGUGGUGACGGAAGUAUUUUACCAAUCAUGGCGCAUCCACCGUUGGUCUCUUCUGACCUAAGCCUGGAAGAAUUUAUGGAUACUAUUCUAAACAGCGGUACAUUUAAAGGAAUUAAGCUUGACUUCAAAGACAUAGAAGCACUGGAACCGUCUUUAAUGGCAAUUAAAUCUCGUGCUAGUAAGAUAACCGCUCCUCUUUGGUUGAACGCGGACAUUCUCGCAGGACCGGUGAAUGCCACUACGAAGCCAGUUGAUAUUGGACGAUUCCUUGAUUUGACAAAAAGUUAUUUCCCAGAUUCCGUUCUCUCCGUCGGGUGGACUACUAGGUUUGGCCCACAAAUGACUUGGCCUUUGCAGAUUAUCAACGAAGGAUCUUACACCAUGGACCAUAUGAUUCAAAUGCGAGAUGCUCUUCACGCAGCUCAGAUUCGACAGCCGGUUACAUUCCCAAUCCGGGCAGGAUUAUCAACCUCGCCAGAGUCGCAAAGAAACAUCCUCUGGUUACUCGAACAAAUUGAAAACAGUUCGUUGACUGUCUGGAGUUCCCAAUACGACAUUGUAGAUGUUCCUGCAUUAAUGAAGCUCGUCAAUCAUAUUGGGAAAGAAAAUAUUUUCGUCGACGUGCCCAGUGGUCUGAGUUGCGAGAUCCAACAUUUUGAGGAAUAGAGUCAUCAGCCAUCCUAUUAUCAGCUAUAAACUGUGACUCGAAUGCGAAUCACUAUAUACCUUAGAUCUGAAAUAAACGGUUAUAAAAUUACUUAAAAA